AUGGCGCCGUUCCGUGGACGAGGCGGCUUCAGAGGCCGUGGCCAGGGCAGAGGACGCGGCCGCGGCCGGGGCGGUGCGCGCCCAGCACCCCGAGACCGCUUCACCCAGGCCAGGAUCGAGCACCCAGUAAGCGAUUCCGACAGUCCGGAUGUCGACGACGAUGAGCCGUUGCAAUCCGACCUGGACGAUGAUGAUUCCAGCGACGAUGAUGACGAUGACGAGCCUGCCACGGUCCAUCGCCCCUACUCCGCUCUGCUCCAAUCUCUCCAGCAGGACAUCCCGGAAGGCCCUAGGAAAAAGAGGAAGCUCGACCACCAGUCAACUGCCACCCCGCCGCCCGCCGGACUGGACGAGGAAGAGACCGAGCCCGAGGACGACGCCGACGAGGAUGACGCCGCUGCUCCCGAGGACGGUGUCGAUAUCGACGACGACGAGGAAGACAUCUCAGACCCAUUCGAGGCCCAUUUUGCACGUCCCGAUGAGAACGAGCUGGCUAAGAAAUUAAAGGCUGUUUCCGAGAAGCGCUGGGAAACACGCAAGUCUCAACUGCCUAGUCUCGGGAGGUGUACCGUCCUGACCCCCGGUGCCGUGGAACCUUUCAAGAAAGCCGUCUCUUCCCCCGAGCACUUGCAUAUCAAGCGGAAACUCGCCACCAGAGCCCAGGAGCUUCUGCCCCAAUUCAACGACAUUCAGAGAGGGCUGGCUGCGCCGUUGUUUGCCUACCAAGAUGUGCUGCUUGGAGCCAGGACACCCGGAAACGCAGAGAGCCUUCGUCAAAUCACCUGUCUGCAUGCGCUGAACCACAUCUUCAAGACGAGAGACAAGGUCCUCAAGAACAAUGCCCGUCUUGCAAAGGAGCAGGGGAGCGAAAGCCUCGAGCUCAGGGAUCAAGGUUUCACCAGACCAAAGGUUUUGAUGCUGUUUGAAACGAGACAGUACUGUGCCAAAGCCGUCGAAACCAUCAUGCAACUCUGCGAACCGGAGCAGCAGGAGAACAAGAAGAGAUUUCUUGAGAGCUUCUCGCAGGAUGAGAACAGAUUCGAGGACAAGCCUGAGGAUUUCCGGGAACUCUUCGAAGGCAACGACGAUAACGAGUACCGCAUGGGCCUGAAGUUUACACGGAAAACCGUAAAGUUCUUCUCGGCAUUCUACAACUCUGACAUCAUCUUUGCCAGUCCUCUGGGCCUCCGCAGAGCCAUUGAGGCCGGCGGGAACAAAAAGAAGCAAGAUUACGACUAUCUCUCCUCCAUCGAGCUUCUCAUCGUAGAUCAGACCGAUGCCAUGCUCAUGCAAAACUGGGAGCAUGUAGAAUACGUCAUUGAGCACUUGAAUCUCCAACCCAAGGACUCCCACGGCUGCGACUUCAGUCGCGUCCGCCAUUGGUAUCUUGAGAAUCAGGCUGCGCACCUGCGCCAAACCGUUGUCCUCUCAGCUUAUCUGCAGCCCGAACUCAACAGCAUCUUCAACAAUCACAUGCGCAACGUUGCCGGCAAAGUCAAGUUUCAACCAGAAUACGAAGGUUCCAUCCUGGACAUUGGUCUCCAGAUCAAGCAGACGUUCUCGCGCUACGACUCCGUCUCCCCGACCUCGGACCCGGACGAUCGCUUCAAGUACUUCACCAGCGCCAUCGUCCCCGCAUUGACUCGCUUACCCAAGCCUUCCGAGGGCGGCCAAGGCGUCCUGGUCUUCAUUCCCUCUUACCUUGACUUUGUGCGCGUGCGCAACUACUUCGCCAACUCGACCGCCACGCAAAACAUGUCCUUCGGCGCCGUCUCCGAGUAUACGGAGCAACCUGAUGUGCGGAGAGCGCGCUCGCACUUCCUGACCGGCCGCCACGCCGUCCUGCUGUACACCGGCCGCGCGCACCACUUCCGCAGGUAUCACGUCAAGGGCGUGAAGCGUAUCGUCAUGUACGCGCUGCCGGAGAACCCGAUUUUCUACAAGGAGCUAGUCGGUGGGUUCUUGGGCGGUUCGAUCGCGGAAGGCAAGAUUGACCCGAGCGAAGCCAACGUGCGGGCAGUGUUUUCAAAAUGGGACGGGCUGAGGCUGGAGAGGAUUGUGGGCACGAAGAGGGUGGGUGGCAUGCUGAGGGAGAAGAGCGGUGAUACCUUUGAUUUCGUCUAA